GCAUAGAAACAAAUCCCACAAUGCCUGUUAUAUUUCCUCUUCUCAUGUCACAUCACCUCAUUCUACUUACGUCUCUGACAGGAUUUUUUUACUCCUUAGGACACUUUUCCAGUUUCAUAGACAUCGAUGCCCCUAGAACAAAUAAAACCAAACCGGACACAUUGAAAACCAAACCGAAUCGAGUUUAAUUUAAACCCAAGUGUACCAACACCAAACUAUACCUAGUUCAUAAAUCUAAAGACACACUUUUAUCCUACGGUUCACACCCUCUCUCUCUCUCUCUCUCUCAUACUUUGUGCGACAGAGAUUAAGAACCCUAGUUUACGCGGCGGAGAUUAAGAACCCUAGUUUCCUCACCCCUCAAUCAUCUUCCUCACCCCUCAAUCGUAUGUCUCAUUUCGUAUCACACCCUUUACAAUCUUCCUAACCCGUCAAUCUUCUGGCUCGAUCUGCUGUCUUGUCAUAUUCAGCGGCGUAGAUUAAGUUCCCUACUCAUCUAUCAUCUUCCUCGCUUUUUCGAUCUGCUGUCUUGAUUAUUCCGACAUGCAAGGUUUAUUUCUUCACCCAUGUACUUGUUGGUAGAUCUGUUAGUUAUCGAUUUUCACUUCUCUUAAAACUGUAUAACUCUAUGAAAUCGUAUGAAAUCGUGUGAAAGUUUCCUGCUUUUAACAUAACAAUUUCAAAUUUCUUCUUUAGGGAUCAAUAAUUAAAGGAAAGUCUAGAGUUUCUUAGUUUUUUCUUUUUCUGGUCGUGUGUCGAGUUGUUUCCAUUUACGGUCCUAUCAUUUACACGUUCUUGUAGGAAACAACAAGCCAGACCACCUUCUCCCUCCGAGGCUGUUCGCCACAGACAGGGCCCCAAGCGGACGUAUCAACAUCUACUACAAGCCAGACCUUCUAGCUUUUAUACAGCAUGCUCUCCGGAACACCAAAGAGCUCCAGUACAUCAAAGACUCUUGUUUCGUGAAGUUAUUUGAGCUCCCAGCACGUCAGUGUCCUGCCUCGUGUAAAAUAAUACACGCUUUUCUUACAAGACAGCUAAUUGUCGAGGAUAAACACACACUCUGGUCAGUCUUUGGAAGCGAUCCCAUCCGUUUCGGCCUCCAAGAGUUCGGCACAAUCACAGGUCUGCCUUGUGGUGAUUUUCCUGCAGACUACAACACUGAACUGGAAGACCAGAGUAAAGCUCACAAAGAUCCUGACUGGAUCAAGCUGAUCGGUAAAAAGAGAUUCACCACCAUUGCUGAUCUACGCCACAAGCUCGAGAUUGAAACAACGAUGCCAGGAAAAAAGAAGCUGCGCCUAGCUCUAAUAAUAAUUGUUGAUGGGGUUCUAAUCGCUCAUCAACAAACUCCACGGCCUACUCUGAAGUACGUCAAGAUGGUCCAGGACGUCGACGCUUUCUGCCUACACCCUUGGGGCAGAGAGUCUUUCCUCAAGACUAUUACCUGCAUGAAACCUCCCAAGUUCAUCCCUCUGAAAUGCGAGGACCCUAUUGCAAAGCUUGUUGAUCUUUUGAAGCAGGAAACUUUCAGGCUGAAGGGAUUCCCCCUAUCAUUACAACUCCUUGCAUUUCAAGCCGUCCCGGAGCUGCAGUCCAUAAUCCCAGCCCCCUUAGACUCGCUAUCAAUCAUCCAACUCGAAGAACCUCAUCUUCCUGUUUACCCGAAGAUUAGCUACCUUGACAUACUACGCGUGGAAGCUGUUGAGAAUCUUGCUGUUACAUCAUUGAUACCAAUACAAAGCCAACCGCAACCAGGAUGGGGAGUUUGGCACGACGUUGUUGCUGAUAAACGCCUAACGUACAUGGAGAACCUCAUAGCGAACCACCACCCAUUCAAGAAGCAUCUCUGGCCAGGUGGAGACACUUCCACGCCCAUACUCAUCCAUAAACCUCCCUUGGAGGAACCAGAAACGAGGAGACAAGUUUCAAAAAAUGCUUUGAGACCUAGAAAGCCCCUAAACAAACCACCACCAUGCCGAAAGCAGAGGAGGAUCAGCAACUACUUUCUCAGAACUGGUUCAACCAGCAACUCAAACGAUCAGAUGAUGGAAAUGCUUUCUAAAGUUUCUAGCGAAGUUUCCAAACUCAGGAAAGAGUUUAGAUUGAUGCGCCAACUCAACAAACGCAAGAAGUCUCGAACCCACAGCAAGCGUUCUGCUUUCCACUCUCUCAUUGGUUCUCCACACAAACCCCAACUCUCACACAGAGGAUGUCAGACUGACCCCACAGAGCAUUCAACCGAUGAUGUACCUAACGAGACGUCCCCGGCACCUAUGGAGGAAGAUCAUCCGGAAUGCACCUCCCCUGUUGUCAGCCAAUAUGCAGCUCAGCUCUACGGCCAACCUUCCGGCGAGUCAACUCCGUUCCUCACAACACAUCUCCCUACAGAACCUGAACAAACCACACCCGUACACACCACCACCUUUUACACCUUACCCGAACACACCCCCAUUGAACCAAACCAUAUAAUCCACAACUCCCCCGUCCACAAAUCCCCCGUCCACAACUCCCCCGUCCACACCUCCUCCGUCCACACCUCCCCCGUCCACAACUCCCCCGUCCACACCUACCCCGUCCACACCUCUCCCGUCCACACCUCUCCCAUCCACACCUCCCCCAUCCACACAACCCCCGUCCACACCACCCCCGUCCAUAACCAAGCCGAACACACUACACCCAUCUACGAUACUAGUGACCAUCUUACCAGCCCUCAUUACCACCAACUUCGAUUACAAGGUUUUGAAAUCUUCGAGCCCAUCAGUCCUGACCCCCCGUCACUGAAUAAUCCUAGAUACGACACAUCAACCCACCGAGCUACUCCUAAACCCCCACUAAACCCCAUCACACCCGAUACGUCUCCAACUAAGAGUAGCGGAUUUGCUGAACAUGCCUCAUCUGUCAAUGCAUUCGUUGCUACCGCUACAUCAAAACGAACCUCCCUCCCAACCUUAAACGUGGAAAAGAGUCAGGAAAACCUAUCUGACGAGGAAGUUGUUGAACUUAGCGACUCCAGCCCUGUAAAGCCAACCCCAAGACAUCAGCCAUCAGAUGAAGAAUGCAAGCUUGCAGAAGAACUCUUCAAAUGCCCUUCAAUUCCAGCACUAGCCCUCAUCGCUCCGCUUCCGCAGCAACAGUGGGACCUCUUCCACGCGACUCUCACAGCAAAUACGCAAGCAUUCCACAUUACUCCGUCCCAAUUUGACUUCUCCAACAGAUUCAUACUGGAAAUAGCUCAGCCGCAGAAAUGGGUCACCACAUUUCAUAUGGAAAUUUUGAUGUACAUGCUUGCUGGAAGGCACAGAGAGCUGCUUGAUCGAGAGAAGCUUGCUUUCACAACACCGUAUCUAGCAUCCGGGAUUCAGGAGGUCUUCAAGGGGUUCAAGAAAUUGGCAAGGAAAGACCGAUUCAAAUGGGACACCCGUCUGACUGAGUUGGUGCUUCAGCCAGGGAAGAAAUGGAUGGAAGAUGUGUUUACGAUAUACACUCCUAUGAUCUGGGAGGAUCGUCACUGGGUGGGACUAGCUAUAAAUCUCGAUAUGGGAUAUGUUGAGAUCCUAGACCCACUCCCAACGUUGUAUGGAGAUAACAAAGUUCAGAAGCUCAUGGACCCCAUCCUCACUUCACUGCCCUACCUCGUCAAGAAGGUUGCUAAACCACAGCAGACUCAGUUCCGUGGACUGAAGCCUUUUCAUUGGGAAAGGAUCACCGGAAGCUACAUAAAUGAGCGGUCGGGUGAUUGUGGUCCAGUCAGCAUCAAGUUUAUGGAGCUACACUCUCACAGUGAUCCUCUUCCCACAUGUCAGGAAUUACUGACGGGACCGUUGAUGAUCUACGCAAACAGUACGCCAUGGAUGUCUACAAAACCAUCGUCCUACCUUCUUACCACGUUCCUACUUUUCCUUGAUCAAAAUUCCAUUUCGUCACGUCUCUAUUAGUGUUGUCUGAAACUAAACUUAUGGUUUAUGCAACUUAUGUGUCUUGGUCUAUGCAACUUCUUCUGUUUCUUGGUGUUUUGCUUCUAGACAAUCGUUAUGUAACA